AUGUCGCACAAUCUCCAGGUGCCGCCGCCGUUCUACUGCGUGUACCUGCUGCGAUCGGUGUCGAAGCCGAACUCGUACUAUAUCGGAUCCACUCCAAACCCGUACAGACGGCUCCGCCAGCAUAACGGAGAGCUCUCUGUGGGUGGAGCUUACAGAACAAAGAAGACAGGGUUCAGACCGUGGCAGAUGACCAUGGUUGUCUAUGGGUUCCCGUCCAAGAUCGCCGCCUUACAGUUUGAGCACGCAUGGCAGCAUUUCUACCAAACACGACAUAUUCCGCUGGAAAAAAGACUGGGCUCCAAAUCAAGCUCCACGGUGCACCUGCGGAUCGCGAACGUGAAACUGUUGCUGGCAGCAGCCGGGUUUGUCCGCAUGGGUCUGCGUGUCGCCAUCUUUCAAAAACACAUCUACGACAUCUGGGUGACAAAUAAGUACAACGUGGCCGUUCCGGAGUCUGUGCUUUUGACCCUCGAUUUCCAGCAGAACCAGGACAAGUUGAUCGAGGGGGGCAACUACGACCAGAUCAAAGUAUUUGUGGAGACUCUUGCGGCAGAAGAAGACAAGGUAUUUGAAAAGUCGGUGGAAAAACUCGAAAACAAUGAUUUACGACAAUGUUCAAUUUGCAACCAGGUGGUGGACCCAGUGGAUCAUGCGCCGUGUUUCUGCGUAAACGAUUCCUGUCAAGCACUGUACCACGCCGAGUGUUGGGCUAAUGAUAUGCUGAAAGAUUCUGAGUCGCCGGCCGACUCUACAAGUCCGAUGAUCCCAAUUAAGGGCAGAUGUGUCGAGUGCACCAAACUUAAUUGGUGGUGGCCUACAGUGAAAAAUUCAAUGAGAGUGUAUCAACACUCGAAUCAAGCUAUAAAAUGA